UCUCUCUCUGCCCCCGCCAAGCAAACCGAGACGGAAAAAGAGCUGCAAUCAAUCCCCCCCUGUGUGUGUGCAUGAUUCAUCCAUCGAGUACACAGGCAGGCGACGUCACGCAUAGCAUCUGAUCUGAUGUGAGGUGAUGUGAUGUGAUGUCGGGUCCCUCCCUCUUGUCUUGUGAGGUCAGGUCAUCCAUCCGUCCCAGUCGACGUGCAGGAAGAGGGCCGAGUCCAUUUCUGCCGGCAUCUGCCGCCCGUUCACCGCAUGGCAGUAGAGGCUCGUGUGCAGCGACGAACACAGGGAUCCGUCACGCACCAUCGCCCUCUGCAGCAAGCCACAGGUCGACCAACACACACCCACACCCACAGAGAGAGGAGACUCAAACGUACAAAUGAAAUGGGGGCAUGCUUCUCUCUGCUGACUGUCUGACCUCUGCUGUGGGCUCCUGCAGCGCCUCGUGCAUGGCCCUCCACGUGUGGCACUGAAUCUCGCACUCGGACUCCUCCACACCGUCGUCAUCGGCACCGUGCCCGUCGCUUGCCUCCUGUUGGGCCUCCUCCUCUCCCUCUCCCCCUUCCCCUUCCUCCUCCACCUCUUCGUCCCACUCGUCUCCUGCCAUGUCGUCUGUGUCGGUAUCAUCAUCGAAGGCCAGUUCAUCAUCGUAAUCAUCUUCAUUCUCAGACUCGGUGCGGUCCAUAGAGCGGUCAUAUGAUGGGUCAGCUAUCACCACCUUGCUGAGCUGCCCGUGGGUGCGCCUCAUGGUGAGCUCCAGGUGGGCGAUGGGGUCGCCAAACACGUCAUGCAGGUCUAUCUCGCCCGUCAGGUGCCGGCGCAUCUGGAUGGUGACGAACUCCAGCGGGGCUUGGGUGGAGAGGCAGAGGGCAGCAUGGACAGGGUGGAGGGGCAGCACCACCAGAAACACAAGCAGCGCCAGCAGCGCACGAGAGGCGGGGCGAAUGGAUACAUCCAUCGGCUCCAUGUGUUGUGUUGUUGACGAUCCUUGGACAGGCGCCCUGGUUGGUUUGGUUGCUGAUGUCUACCCCUCCCUACACUGGCAAGAAGGGGC